GGUUGCGUAGUUCCGGCGGGGAGAAGGGAGGGGUGACAUGCAGAGCAGGCAGCCGCGGCCUCGGGAGCAGCCGGAGACGGAGCUGCCGGAGCGGCGGGCGGGAGCGGCAGCGGCGCUGGGGGGCCAGGCCUGGCGCGGCGUCCCCACCAUGGAGAUCGAGAAGGAGUUCCACCGGCUCGACCAGGCCGCCAGCUGGGCCGCCAUCUACCAGGACAUCAGGCACGAAGCCAGUGAUUUUCCAUGUAAAGUGGCCAAACAUCCCAGAAACAAAAAUAGGAAUAGGUACAGAGAUGUCAGCCCCUUUGAUCACAGUCGAAUUAAGCUAAACCAAGGUGACAAUGACUAUAUCAAUGCUAGUUUGAUAAAAAUGGAAGAGGCCCAAAGGAGCUACAUCCUUACGCAGGGACCUUUGCCAAAUACUUGUGGUCACUUUUGGGAGAUGGUUUGGGAACAGAAAAGCCGUGGAGUUGUCAUGUUGAACAGAGUGAUGGAAAAGGGAUCGGUAAAGUGUGCACAGUACUGGCCACGGAAGGAGGAGAAAGAAAUGGUUUUUGAAGAUACAAACUUGAAACUAACUUUGAUAUCUGAAGAUAUAAAAUCAUAUUACACAGUACGACAGCUAGAAUUGGAAAACCUUACAACACAGGAAACCAGAGAGAUUCUGCACUUUCAUUACACCACGUGGCCUGACUUCGGUGUCCCAGAGUCACCCGCUUCGUUCCUCAACUUCCUGUUCAAAGUGCGCGAGUCGGGCUCGCUGGGCCGCGGGCACGGCCCGGUGGUGGUGCACUGCAGCGCCGGCAUCGGCCGCUCCGGCACCUUCUGCUUGGUGGACACGUGUCUGCUGCUGAUGGACAAACGGAAAGAUCCUUCUUCUGUGGACGUUAAACAGGUUCUCCUGGAGAUGAGAAAGUACAGAAUGGGACUCAUACAAACUGCAGAUCAGCUCCGUUUCUCCUACUUGGCUGUUAUUGAAGGAGCAAAAUUCAUUAUGGGAGACGCUUCAGUGCAAGAGCAGUGGAAAGAGCUCUCCAACGAAGACCUGGCCCCACCACCCGACCAUACGCCGCCACCUCCCAGACCACCAAAGCGAACCUCGGAAAUGCACAACGGAAAGAUGCACGAGCACACGGAAUUCUUCCCCAAACACCAAGGAGCAGAGGAAGAGAUGAGCUGUUCGGUCAGCGCUGUGGAAGAGGCGGUUCCAGAUGGCAGAGCUCACUCGUCUGUACCACUCAGCACAGACAGCACUAGUCAAGACACUGAAAUCCGGAGGAGAACUGUUGGUGAAAACCUGCGUCUCUCGCCCCACAAAGACGAGUCGAUGAAGUCAGAAAACUCAGAAGAGGAUGAUGAUAACAUGGUGACGACUUGGAAGCCAUUCCUAGUGAACAUAUGCAUGUUCACGUUCCUGACGGCAGGAGCUUAUCUCUGUUACAGGGUGUGUUUUCAUUGACGGACGCGCCAGCGAGAUGGACCCUGCAGCAACACCGACUUGAUGGGUUUGUAAUGAGCUUCUCUGACAGACGCUGAUGGAGGCACGUGCGCCUGGUCUCGGUGGAGGUAGAUCUUGGGGGAAAGGCCAGAACUUUGGGUAGGGCUUAAAGAGAAUUGAUGCACUAGGGUUUUUUUCAGCCCUGUGGUCCCAAGAACAUAAUAUUCUAAUCUCAGGGCCUUAAAAUAUUCAGGAGUAAGCAGAGAAAAUGCCAAAUAGUCUGUUUUCCUUUUUUUUUCUUUUUUUUAAACUAAAUAAUAGAAUUACAACACGUUGUUGUUUUUAGCCUUUUUAAAAAGCCAGUUCUUUUUCGUUUGUGUUUCAGAAAAACUAGGCACAAGUGAAACUUGCUUGUACUCUCCAAGUGUUGUAACCAAAUCCAUCACUUACAUUGAUGAGUUCCCCAAAACAAUAGAAAGAACCCCACAUACGUGAAGAAUGUAACUUUGGAAGGGGAAGGCGUGGGUGGCGGGGACGGGGUUGGGGUUGGGUUUUUGUUUUGGUUUUUAACUUGCUUCAUCAUUAAAGACUGAGUUGUGGGCAGUGCCUGUGGUAUUGAUAUAUUUAAUCUUGGCAUAACUGUUCUUAAAGAGCUUAUUGUUUUACAUGUGUUUAUAGAAACAGGCUUCUGCAUUUGCUCAGGGUAUCCCGACAUGUCAAGCUCUUUUUUUAUUUCCUUUAUCUCCUCAUUGACUUUUGUUGCACUCUACUUGCACAUAUGCCUAUUUACAUUGCACCAUCCUUUGUAAAGCUGUUUUUACUUUUAUAUUCUGGGUUAGGAGAGGUUGAGGGGAGGGAGAGAAACAGGAAAAAGAAAUUCAACCCGAACCCGUCCACCAGCAUUUCGCAGCCGUGCGGUUGGCAGUCAAAGGACCAGUGCUUAAACCUCCUCAUUUGGAAUGUAAAAGGCAGUUUCGCUGGACGUGAGCUCCACGCGAACGGCGCGUCAGGAAGCGGCUCGGCCACCCCGAGCGAUCGCAGCUUCCUGGAGCCACGGCAAGCUCGCCAGGAGACGCGUGGGUCUGCGGACGGAUCAGCUGGCUGGCGAUACAAGUGUUUGUGUGGUCUGCUUUUCUUUAAAGCAAAGAUUUUAAAGUACUGGCUUUAGUUUGGCUUGAGAUGCGCUUUUCGGGGCGGGUGGGCCUGUCCUGUGCCACCCCGUCCCCAGCCUGUUCCGCGACUCGGAUCAUGUAAAGUGCUUGUAAAUACGGAUUUGGGUGCAUUGGUAGAACUGUGACUGGAAGUGGGCGUUGUCGUUCCGCUUGUUAGUACCAAAUUAUUAAUAGUUUAAACAAUAAUAGCAAAGAUUUCUUUGCUUGCAUCAUGAGGCAGCGGAUGGGAGUAGAGUCACUACGGAAGGUCGUAGUGAUUGAAACUAAACCAUGACAGCUGGUUUGCAACAGUGUUACUAAUCAGUUCUUUUUAUUUUUAAAGGCUUAGAUGUAUAGCACUUCCCAUUCUCAGUGCAGACAUGGCUAUGGAGUCUCUUACGUAUCUCUCUCCACUCCGUAUUUAUUUUUGCUGUGGCUCUUCCUGCAGUGAAUAACUUGCCGAACUGGGGCGAGGGAGGUGGGAGUUAUUUCUAUUUUGUGUUUUGCUAAGCUUGCAUCAAGGGCUUUUCAAAAGUACAAUAAUAAAUCCUCAGGUAGUACUGGGAAUCAAUACUUUACCUGUGAGACUGUUGGUCAGACCAGUACUUGAAAGGAGGAAUGUUGUAAUCAGUCAAUAUUUAGUUAUAUUAUUGGAAACAUGAAAAAUGAGUAUAGAAAAAUGGUAAUAUAUAAUGGCUCCUCUGUGUAUUUAAGAUACAGUAUGUGAUUGCUUUGUCCCCACUGUUCUCUCCAUCAUCUGGUAGAAUAUUGGUCUGAGGCAACAUUUGUACCCCAUUUGUAUUAAAUGCAUGUGAAGUCUCCUCGUGUCCUGGUUGAAUUCCGUGUGCUUGAAAGGUGAAAGAACCUCUAUUUCUGCUUAACUGAUGUGCCCAAAUUAUAUUUGCAUGACCUGAUCGUUAAGUGGCUGUGGUUCCAAGGGACGGACUGAUGUGGUGUUCAUCAGAAAACAUGCACUCACCCAAUACCCGGCAUGACUUCAGUUCCCGCGGCCUCGGUGUAGCGCGGGUGUUGCGCAUGGUUCCUUUCUGCUGAGUAAGCGUAGUACAGACAUUCCAGAGGGUGCGUGAGCCCUGUCCACACCUCCCGCUGCUCCCGGGGCCUUGGGGGGGAGCGGGAGCUCAGGACACAGCCGGGGCUGCGCAACCACGGGCUCGACGUGCCGCCCCGUUUCCAAACGCUCUGUCACGAGGGGAUAUUUUAAAUCUUCGGUUUGACAGGCAAACAAAGCGUCCUUCCCUUGAACCCAGAAUAACUCGCUUAUUCUAACAAGAGCAACUUUCUGCAGCUGAGAAAGGUUUGAACACCCGCUUUGUGCCACUGGGCUUCGCUGGUUCUUGGAGCUGCUGGAAGCCCGACCGUACGUUGUCCUGGCACAGACGGGAAUAGCCCACGAGCCCGGGAGGUGUGGAGGCUUAAUACUGAACUGUAAACAUUUUUGUUCUGAUGUCCUGUAUAUGUAUGUAGUAGUUUGGGUGUGUAUAUACAGUAGCGUUUCAAAGUGGGUGUAUUGGUUAACCUGUUCUUGGAAAAAUGGACAAAUAUCCAUGUUAAACUUGUUAGAAAGUUAGUGAGCUGCUCUGCUAUAUGCCUUAAGCAAAUAUUUACUCAUCAGGUCUUUCUUUUUUACAGAUUGCCAUAGAAGAAACUUUUUUUAAAAAAAAAUUAAAAAACAAAAAAGCUAAAUGUUUUGGUAUAAUACAUUUUCAGGUAUCUUGUCUUUUGUGUAAGCCGCUGCAAAAACCUCACAGGUUACAGUAAAGUUGUACAGUUUUUCAAUUUCCCAUACGACUUUUCGGUUCUCAUUUUAGUUGUAACAAUAAAAUUCUUUUUUUAAAGAA